AUGGCAAAGCUGAUCAUUGAUCAAGCUCUAUUCCUUAUCAAUUCCGGUGCACGUGUUUUUGUACAGGGAUGUGGUGGUAGUCCACGAUAUCUUAAUCGGCUUUUAGCUAAUCGUGCUGGUGACCUUCGACAUGUGGAAAUCAUAAGUCUUAAUGCACUUGAUGAUACAUUUACAAAUCCAGAAUUAAAAGAUAGUUUUUUUGUUAAUAGUCUUUUUGCAUCUUCUUUCGUUCGUUCGUCGAUUGCUAAUGGUUCUGGAUCGUAUAUUCCAACAUUACUCAGUGAAAUGCCACGUCUUUUCAAUGAAAAUAUUCUUCCACUGGAUGCUGCUCUUAUUCAAGUUUCACCUCCAGAUAAACAUGGCUAUUGUUCAUUGGGUAUUUCAGUCGAAGUAACACAAGCAGCAAUACGAAAUGCUAAACACGUCUUCGCUCAAAUCAAUCGAAAUAUGCCACGUGUACAUGGUGAUACAUUUGUACAUAUGAAUGAUAUUGAUUCUUUUGUUGAAUAUGAUGAACCAUUAAUUGAAUUGAAUUAUUCUGAAGAAAAAACUCAAAUAGAAUUAAAUAUUGGCAAAAAAGUUGCUGAAUUAAUUGAAGAUCAGAGUACACUUCAAGUGGGUAUCGGUCCUAUUCCAGAUUCUAUCUUAAUGUUUCUUAAUAAUCAUAAAGAUCUAAGUAUAGCAACAGAGAUGUUAUCCGAUGGUGUUAUACCAUUAUUAGAAAAAGGUGUUAUUACAAAUCGAUAUAAAAAAUUUCAUCCUGGUAAAACAACAUGUACAUUUAUAUUGGGAACAAAAAAAUUAUAUGAUUUUGUCGAUGAUAAUCCUACUGUUCUUGCAAUGGAUGCUUCUAUAACAAAUGAUCCAGCUCAAAUACGUCAAAAUCCACGAACAUGUGCAAUUACUUCUGCAUUAGAAAUCGAUCUUACUGGACAAAUUUGUUCAGAUUCAUUAGGAACAAUACAAUAUUCUGGUGUUGGUGGUCAAAUGGAUUUUAUGCGCGGUGCUGCUUUGAGUAAAUAUGGAAAACCAAUCAUUGUCCUACCAUCGCAAACAUCGAAAGGUGUUUCACGAAUUGUGAAUACGUUAAAAGAAGGUGCUGGUGUAACAGCGACACGAGCUCAUGUCCAUUAUGUAGCUACUGAAUAUGGUGUUGUUAAUUUAUUUGGUAAAAACUAUCAACAACGAGCUAAAAAAUUGAUUGAAAUAGCGCAUCCAAAUCAUCGUGAAGCAUUGGAACGUGCUGCAUAUAAGCGAUUUAAAGCUUUAUAUUGA